GGGGACAUGGGGACAUGGGGACAGAGGGGACAGGGGACACCUGGCAAGGGGCAGCAGGGCUCGGGGAGGCUCCGCGCCAGCUGUGUCUGUCUCCGUGGGAUGACCUGCCUGCUGCCCUGCACUCUGCUGCCACUCAUGGGACUGCUCUUUGCCAGGACCAUGGCCUGGACAUCCAGUGGGAAAACACACCCAGAGCUGAUCAACAACCUCUACAGUGAAAAAGGGAUCAUUAAAUCCCAACGAGUCUUCGAGGUGCUGCUGGCUACCGACAGAGGCCACUACAUCAAGUACUUCCCCUACAUGGAUUCUCCUCAGUCAAUCGGGUACAAGGCCACCAUCAUGGGGGAUGGCAGGCAGGGCUACCCCGAGGAGGCUCCCUAUGAUGCCAUCCACGUGGGAGCAGCAGCACCAACUGUCCCAAAGGAGCUGCUGGAGGAGCUGAAGCCAGGCGGGAGGCUGAUCCUGCCGCUGGGUGCUGAGGGAGGCUCCCAGGUGCUGAUGCAGUACGACAAGGGCAGUGAUGGGCAGGUGACUGCCACCCAGCUGAUGGGGGUCAUCUUCGUGCCCCUGACAGACAAGGAGAAGCAGUGGCCUGGGGAUGAAUUGUGACAGAUGAUGGAUGGAUGGAUGGAUUUCUAAAGUGACCUCAGGGAGCUCCUGGGUGGCACUGGUGGCUGUGGGUGCUCUGUGUGGGUUUGGGGCCCGUGGCAGCAGAGCUGCUCCCAGGGGGCUGAUCCUGCUCUGGGAGAGCUCCUGGCAGGGCUGGAGCAGAGGGAAUCCCUGCAGAGCAGGAGCUGUGCCAGGCUGGGGGUGACAUCUGUGCACAGGGAGCCCCAGAAGGGACAGGAAUGCUUCACCCCACUAAAAACCCCAUAACACUGCCUGCUGUACCCAGUAAUGCCUGAAGGGAACACGAGCCAGUCCCUGUGUGCUGGAGUGUUCAUUGGUUUAAUUGGAGUUGUAAUUAAACUGCUGCCAGUUCA